AUCUGCUACAGCAUGGCGUCUCUCGGGCUCAUCCUGUGAUACGGUAUUUACGGAGCAUGCGCGCGACGCUCUUCCUUUUUCCAGUGCAGCGGAGUCAAACCCAGUCUUUGGCUCCGGGCUCCUUCAUAAGGAGACAAAAAGACUGCAAAAAUGGGGUUUGUUAAAGUGGUGAAGAACAAGGCCUACUUUAAGAGGUACCAGGUCAAAUUCAGGAGGAGGAGAGAGGGAAAGACUGACUACUUUGCCCGUAAACGCCUGGUCAUUCAAGAUAAAAACAAGUACAACACACCUAAGUACCGCAUGAUCGUUCGCUUCUCCAACAGGGACAUUGUCUGCCAGAUCGCUUAUGCCAAGAUUGAGGGUGAUAUGAUUGUGUGUGCUGCCUACUCACAUGAACUGCCAAAGUACGGGGUCUCCGUGGGCUUGACAAACUAUGCAGCAGCCUACUGCACUGGUCUGCUGCUGGCUCGCAGACUGCUGAACAAGUUUGGCCUGGAUAAGGUGUAUGAAGGCCAGGUGGAAGUAACGGGUGAUGAGUUCAACGUGGAGAGCAUUGACGGUCAGCCAGGCGCUUUCACCUGCUACCUGGAUGCUGGGCUCGCAAGAACAACCACGGGCAACAAGGUGUUUGGUGCUCUGAAAGGAGCUGUGGACGGAGGCUUGUCCAUCCCACACAGCACCAAGCGGUUCCCUGGGUAUGAUGCAGAGAGCAAGGAAUUUAACGCAGAGGUCCACCGCAAGCAUAUCUUUGGUAUCAACGUGUCAGAGUACAUGAGCUACCUAAUGGAGGAGGAUGAGGAUGCUUACAAAAGGCAGUUCUCCCGCUUUAUUAAGAAUGGAGUCACCCCUGAUUCGAUUGAGGAAAUGUACAAAAAGGCUCACGCUGCCAUCCGUGAGAACCCUGUUCAUGAGAAGAAGCCUCCCAGAGAAGUCAAGAAGAAGAGGUGGAACCGUGCAAAGCUCUCUCUUGCCCAGAGGAAAGACCGCGUUGCCCAGAAGAAGGCCAGUUUCCUCCGGGCUCAGGCACAAGAGGCUGCCGAUUGAGGAGUCCAUCCGCUCGAUUGCUGUGGCAGAAAUUUGUUCAAAUAAAUCUAUCAGAAAGAA